AUGGCGGCCCGAACCAUCCCACUCAAGCCUUGCUCUCCCCGCCUUCUAACCACUUCCCAUACGUCCCGUUUGCAUUUCUCUUUCUUCUCCCCCUCUCACCAAUUCCUCCGCCGGCUCCAUAGAAGCUCCCAGCUCCGCGUUCCCCCGCCAACCCCCUUCGUCCCGGAUACUCAAACCUUCCUAUCCCUAAUCGGCCGCAACAUGUCUCGCUUCGCCCCUAAAUUCGCGUCCUGGGACGAGCUAUUCACCCUCUCCUCCGCAGACUUGAAGGACCGGGGCAUCGAACCAGCCCGCCUUCGCCGCUAUCUGCUCCGCUGGCGCCAGAAGUUUCAACGCGGCGAGUAUGGGGUUGGUGGCGAUUUGGAACAUGUCGUUGAUGGCGCGGGUCAGCUGAGGGUGGUCGAGGUGCCCAGGGAUACAGUUCUGAAGAGGACGGCGGGGAAAAAUAGCACACCUACGGCCACGGAUGGUGGCCUAGGCAAGCGUGAAAUCCCCCCCUUCACAGUCACAGGCACUGCCACGCUGUCUCCCGGCAUGAAAUGGGCAGUAGUGAACCUGCCGCCUGGUGAGUCGCAGCCGACAGAGGUACCGCAGCCGCUCAAGAAAUAUACGAAAGUCUCCCUGGUGCGUGGCAACGUGCUAAGGGCGCCAUACCUGAAGUUGAUAAAAGGGUCAAAUGGAAUGGCGGGAAUCAUAAAGGUGCAGGAGGGUAUGUGGGAGGAUAAGCAGGGACGGAAGAUUGACGGGGGCGAGAGGAGGCAAGCGGAGUUCCACAACUCGAUUAUUACCAUUACGUAG